AUGACAUCCACCCCUCAUUUCCGGUACUCGACAGGCGAAAUUGCGACUUCCGAGGCCGCCAAGGCGUUUUCAUGGGAAGCGCCUGUCCCAGUGAAUCGUUUCUGGGAUAGCUUCAGUUACUGCAUUGCCCGGAACUUCUUAGGCAACUUUUCAGAUUCUGAACUGGGGCAGCUAGCCUUGGAUCCAGCGGGAAUAGAUCCUGAUAGUACUGCAGAUCAGCAGACGAAGCUUCAGCUUAUCUUACAACUGCUCAAGAGAAAGCUAGAAAAAGAAGAAGCGGCCAUUUCACAAGAUCAGUCAUUGUAUGACGUUGAUUACAAGCGAUGGUAUGCGCUAUGGCAGGGGAUUUAUUCUUUGGAGAAUGAAUUAGAUAUCCCGCAAGCAGAGGAGACUGUCCGCAUGCUAGUGGAGAAAAGGCCCGACAAGUCAAACAUUGUUCCUCUACACAUGCUAGCGGAACACUUUGUCAAGGUUGGGAAGUAUAAGGAGGCGGAGGAAACAGAGCUGCCGGUUUGUGAGUGGAUGGAUACUCGUCCAGACCUAGGGAAAACCUCCCCGCAAGCUCUUAGCGCUCGUCGAAUUAUUGCAAGAGCCUUAUGGGGACAGGGUCCCUCACGACGACCUGAGGCUGAGGAGCUAGUUGCUAUAAUCCAUUCACUUGUUGAUAGCAUGGGUGAAAGCAAGUUUGGAGUUUAUCAAGAAGAGGAGAGAAAGCUUAAUAAGGAUAUGGUGGCUCAAUUCAACUAA